AUGCACUCGCUGAUCGCACUCGCUCCCAUGCUAGGCGGCCUUACUGCUGCUGCGCCAUUCGUUGCCCGCGCUGAGAACAGUGGCUGCAACACCCUUUCCGUGGACAACGGCGGCGCCGUCCCAGGCGACGGCUCCAUGGGCGCCUACUUCCACGCCGCGGACCUCCAAGCCGCCGCCCAAGACGCGCCCACGCCAGACGGCUACCUCAAAGCCUUCCCCAACGAGUUCGGCUCCGAGCAUAACCCAGAGGCAUACCUGACUUACUUCGCGAACUCCACUUACGACACCCACGCCUGCGCCGCGCUUUGCAACGCCGACCCCCAGUGCACGACCUUCAACAUCUUCGCGCGCGACCCGCCCGUGACCAACAUCCGCUGCGCGCUGUUCGCGGCAUGCGAUCUUGGAAGCUAGGACCACAAACGAGCGCCAGUAUGCCAGCGCGGACUUUGGCAAUACGUUAGAGCGCGUGCAGAUUGGAAGCGAUGGUGAGUGUG